AUGACCAAUUGCCAAACCACCCAGCUCUUCGGAGUCGCAGCCGUGGCCUUCGUCUCGGGUUACCUCUUCAAUCGACUCGUCAAUGGAGUUUCCGAAAUUCGCCCAAAACAGCCUGCUCGUCCAACAUCGUCUCCAUCGCAUCCUUCUGACUCAGACAUCUCAACAGAAUCCUUCUCAGAUUCCGAAUCCGAUGAUGAUGUGGACAUCGAUUCGAGGUCACUCAACGGGAUCCCCGGCGAGGUCCGUAUGACGCUAGUGGUUCGCCAAGACUUGAAGAUGGGAAAGGGAAAAGCUGCGGCCCAAUGCUCGCAUGCUACGCUUGCUUUAUACAAGAAGAUCACCGACCCAAAUUCACCAGCAUACAACCCGGAGAUGGUUUCACGAUGGGAGCAUGGCAACGGUCAGGCUAAGAUCACAUUGCAGGUACCAGACCAAGAUGGGAUGGAUCUUUUGUUUGCUCAGGCAAUGUCGUUGGGUGUCAAUGCCUAUGUGGUUCAUGAUGCUGGACGAACACAGAUUGCUGCUGGGAGUGCCACUGUGCUAGGUUUGGGGCCUGCUCCAAAGUCGGUCAUUGACCAGAUCACUCACGACUUGAAGUUAUAUUAG